AUGGAAGAGAAGUAUACGGAUGCUGCCUCAGGUGUCGGUGGCUGCCGGAGAGAUAAGAUAAGCCGCGACGCCCAAAACGGAAAUCCGCCCACCGACUAUCAUCAUCGCGACAACUCUUCGUCUCUUCAUCUCUCCUACUAUACAUCAUACAUGCCCCCCUUCAGCACCCCCUUCCGCCUCCCAUCUGCUCGUCCAACUUCAUCCUCCCGCGCAGCGGGCCCUCAAUUCGCCUCGACCCCACGAUUCCUUCUGUCGCAAACCCCAGCACAGACCGCACACAGCGACGAUGUCAUUGAAACGGAAGACUCUCCUCAAGCCACUCCCAUAGGGACAGCGCGUGUACCAAGACCCACUCAGAAGGAGGCAAUCGAAGACUCCGACGAGGAGCUGGAUCAGCAAGCACCCGACCCCCAAACGCGCCAUGUCGUGAGUCGUCGCAGAGAAGAACUCAGUAGUAGUCCGCCGGAGAACGCGCCCGAACUUGACGCAGAAUUUGAGGCGCUCUUUGGGACUAUACCAGACCGCGGGACGAAACGGCGCCGUCGCUCCGCAGACAUAGAAACGCCGUCGACGCAGCGAAGGAGACCCGGAGCGGACCUGAUCGAAUCGUCACCUCCAGACACAGACCCUGCCUCACCAAACACUGCCCAUCACAUGCUCCAACCGUUCCAAACUCCUGUACAGCCUCGCGCGGAUGCGGUCCGUCUGGAUGCUCUCCCGGAAGGAAUUCCCCAGAAAACGGUCUCCGUCGGAGCAACGGAAACACCGCAUACCUCGACACCAACGAGCACGCGCCCCUCGUUCCGCGGCCACCCUCGAUUCGUCCUCUCCGCAUCCCAGGCCCCUCCCAGCAGUCAAUCUCACCCAACUAUUAGGCCAUUUGCGACCCCCGCACGCUCUUCGUCCCCCUCAAGGCGCAAACCAGGGUUUGUGCUGCCGCGCUCCCCUUCGCCGUCAGAGGCAGAUAACGACCCGUCGACUAUUCCGACACCGUUUUCACCCUCGUCGCGUGCACUGCGCCGCCGUGGUCGCCCGCGAUCUACAGCCUCAGAAUAUCUCCCCGGCGGCAUGGCGGCGGAGGUGCGCAGUUGGAUACUCGAAAUGGCAACCAAACGCGAGGCCCUGCAGAUGAAUGCUGGACAUGCGGUGUCGGAUUCCGUGGAUCUGAAGAAGUAUUUUCUGGCUUUUCGUGUAGAUGAGGUGAGGCAGUCUGCUCUUGGCAGCUCCGGCCCUCUCGCCUUUGCGCGCGGCCGUCCGGUGGAUUCGUCAGGUAAUGCCGGAGAGGAUGUGCCGCCGAAGAACAUUUUGCUCGUAGGGCCUCCCCGCACCAGGAGCAUUGAAUCGCCGUUUCAGAGCUCAACCCGUACGCGAGUCCCGGACUUGCAGGCGGGGAAUCUCAUCGGUAUCUGUCGGGGUCUAGUUUGGGAGCUGGAUCUGGGCGACCCGGUUGUAGGGAAGACUGGCGAACUUGAGAAUCUUAUAUCAAAGGAUUCUUCUGGGGACGUCCCAGCCGGGCCAUGGCUUGUUGGGAUGGAAUGGGAGGUGUUGUAA